AUGAAGGUGAGUAUAAACUGGAUUGACUAUGAGGAUAUCGACAUGGGGUACGAGGAUGAGCCACCAGAGGCCGAGAUUGAUGAAGAUUUGGAGAACAAAAAUGAUGAGUUAACUAAAGAGCCUAUUGACACUCAGGAUAAGGAAGAGGAACAACCAGUGGAGCGGCCACGAAAGACAUCAAAAUAUAUGACUAAGUAUGAGCAUGCUAGGAUUUUGGGUACCUGUGCUCUUCAAAUCAGGUUUUAUGAUGUACCUGUCAUGGUUGAGUUGGAGGGGGAAACUGACCCACUUGAGGUAAUAGAACUUUUUGUUCUCUUCACAGUUUGAUACUUUUUUUCCUUAAUGUUAUUGCAUCUGAGCUCAUUGUGAGUAUUUCAUUGCCAAACUUGUUGUGCCAAUUUUAAAUUUCCAAAUAUAUGACGGUAUGA